GGCAUGUCAGUUCGCCAGCUCAAUUUCGUUUGGCAGAUGUGAAAUUGUGAUGGAUUGAUUGAAAAUAAUUAAAUAUAAACAGAUACAUCUGUAUAUACGGCCUAGUACUAAUUGUAGUACUUCUAGGGAGUUAUUUAUAUUACUUAAUAAGUGAAGUUAAUUUAAAAAAUGGCUUCUAGAGGCGGUAUUAUGGUGACAGGUACGAAUGGAGCUGAUUACGAGCACAGGGAAAAAAUAGCGGCUCAGUAUCAAAUAAGUGCACUAAACAAAUCUCGUCUCAAGUACUGUGUGUUUUUUCACCAUUUACUGUUCCUGACGAUGAUGGCCAAACUUUCAGCAGACAUCCUGGACAAGCUGGAUAUAUUCAUACUCGAAAUAGAAGAGCUACAGAUCCCACAACCACUCUGGUGGGAGUAUAUCUGGUGUCUAUCUCUGCUUCUCUCAUUUCUGGGACUGUCAGCAAUCAAACGAAACAAUGUAAAGAACCUCCGUCGGUACAUAUAUGGCAUUAUGGCUAUAGGACUGGGGCCGUUGUUGUAUUGUGUGAUAUACUACUGUGGGGAUGUGUACCAGUAUCUAACAUUAGAUGAAGAUGAGGACGAUGAUGAUAUACAAAUGUGGCAGGGCUACCCCUACGGACUGCUGUGGUAUGCUUUCGUCCUCCUCGCGUCGCAAGUGCACUUCUUCCAGCUGUAUUUCUCCUACAACCUGCUCAAGGCGUGGCGGGCGCGGGGUGCGUACAGGAAAACCGACUAAAACCUCUCUGUAAUAAGGUUCUAUUUCCUGUGUGAAAACAGUUUUAGGGUUAUGUUUUUUUACUUGUUGUCUAUUUAUCUCUCAUUUCUGUUUCUUUGUUAUGAAUUUUUAUAUUGACAUUUUUUUUUAAAUUAAUUUAUUGUAGGUAUUUAAUUUAGACACGGAUCAAAGGGUACAGAGGUGACAUUCGGCUUAAGUAUGUACCAUUGAACAGUUUAUUUGCAAAUUGUAUACGGAACAAUUUUUUUUUUACUAAAAUUUUGUAAGAAUUUUUGAUUGGAUUGUAAAUGAUAAAACAUCGCAAAUAAACUUGCCAUUCCUCACACAAAACUUACAUACAAUUUGUUAUUGCAAUAUAUUGGUUUAUACUACCUUGUGAUUUUGAGCAAACACUACUGGGUAAGUACCACCCACACAUAUUUUUCACCACCGAGCAGAGGACUUAAUAUUGUUGUAUUCUGGUUUGAAGGGAGAGCAAGCCAGGGUCACACAGGGUCACAGGGACAUAACAGCUUGUUUUUUAUGUUGCUUGUGCAUUGGCGAUGCAAAGGAUGGUACCACAAUGCCAACCUUUAAGCGGUGAUGACUAUUUACCAGAUGGUCCACCAUUACCAUCAAAUGCUACAGUAAAAUACCUUAUAAAAUUUCUGUACAAUUAGUAAAUGUAUGGUAUGGGCGCUAUUGCUGUGACUUAAUUUAAACUAUAACAAAUAAAUGAACUUGCAUUUGCAUCUCAGCAUAUCCAUAAUUUAAACAUGUAAAAAAUUAAGUUGCUCGAUGAAAAUACCCUUAAAAAUGUAGUACUUCUAGCGGCCUAUAUCUAUUUAGACUACAUAAAACUAUUGCGUUUUCGUAUUGAAUAAUAAUAAAUGUUUGUAGACUUAUUUAAUACAGAAUUUAUUACAAAAUAAAGAUUAUGCCACUCUUAACAACAACUACAAUUGAAACUUAUACAAAUGAAAUCGUAAUGUCACAAUAAUUUACAUUCUUUAAAAACUUUAAAAAUUGUUACCUAGUUAUUUAUAGUUUUGGAUACAUUGAAGUACGUUGUAUUAGUACUGUUUUAAUUUAUCGAAACAUCGAUGGAAAAUAAUAAUGGCAGAUAUAAACAUUUAUGAUAUUACAUAGUACUCUCACUGCCACAUGUCCGAGUGAAUUUUGUUUGUUAAUAUAGCUUUUUUUUUAAAAGACAGAUUAUAUUAAACGUUGAAUUAUAAUGACACAUUGUAAAUAUAAAUUAGUGUAUAACAAUAUUUUAUGUAUGUACUUAAAAGAAAUUGAAUAAAAAAAAAAUGUAUUUAUCAACGUCUAUUUUAGAUAAAAAUAUUAGAAACUUUAUAUAUGUGUACUGCAAGCAAGUCAUAGCUAUAGUUACCUAAGUGUACUCAGUGUGUAAUAUAAUAAACAUUUGAAUCUAG